AUGAGGUGAGAUCAUCGGCCGCUGCCUCUCGGAAACUGUUGCGAGUUUGUCGCUGUUGGAAAGUAAAAUAAUUUUCUUUUCUGAAAAUCUUUAAUGAAAACUAGGAAAAGAGCAUCUCCAUUAAAUGAUGGUGUGUGCGUAAUGCAAAGGGAUGUAGAAAAGCAAAGUGAAAUAAAAUCCGUGAAAACCCAGAAAAUGUAUUAAAUACUUUGGUGUGUGAAAUGGAGAGGAAAUGAUUGAAUCAAAGCCCAUUGGUGAAGGAACCGCAUAGAAUAAGGAGAGACCAAAUGUUGACAAAUUUUAAGUCAUUCUGCUCUUCAGCUCAUAUGUUUCUGUAGAGAGAGAGAGAGAGAGAGAGGGAGGGAGAGAGAGGGAGAUCUUAUCUGGGAUUUAGGAUCUCUCUCCUACCUGAUGAUGGCCAGGGUCCAGUGGAUCGGGAAUUCUGUACCUAUUCUUCUCUGUUGUGGCUGUGGUGAUAUUAGAAGCUUCUUCUAAUGGCAGCCGAAGAGUCUGAAUUUCCUUGGAUGUUCGGUUCUUGUUUGCUGCUAGUUUUCUAAGAACUUGUUGAAUUCCCCUUGAGGUUCUGAAGAAGGGUUUUAGAGAUUGAACGGGAAUGGGAACUGAAAUACAAGCUAAGACAUUCUUUUCAAGAUCUUAUUCCAUGAGGGAUCAAAAUGACUGCACUGGGAGUGAUUUAUGGGCCAUGUAUCCUGAGCUAAAAACCUUGAAAAAUGACCACUACUGUAAUUCAUUUUUGACAAGUCCGGCCAUAGAUGUAUAUUUGGGGCAUGAUAAAGGACAACUGAGGCAAACCAUCUUGAAGCAUGAAUAUAUAUUCAGACAUCAGCUUGAAGAACUUCACCGCCUUUACAAAAGACAGAGGGAUCUCAUGAAUGAAAUUAAGAGGGAACUCUAUCAACAUCAGAUACCAGCGGAAAUGUCACAGUCUGGUCUCAUUCUAUCUUAUGGGGUCAAAAAGACAGGUCAUGUAUCCGAUUCACCUCUGAUGCUUCCAACUUUUGGAAGAUAUAAGUCAGAAACUGAUAGUAUCCAGCCUCUUACUUUUGCAAGAGAAAAGAAUACAUCUGGUCCUUUUCUCUCCAAAGAUAGAAUAACACCAAAGGAUUGUGAAUCCACAGAGUCCAAAUGCAGCAUUUUUCAGAGAAAUAUGUUGAACCUUGAGCUUCCAGCUUCUGUACAUAUGCAUAACAAAGGGAAGCGGAUAAGGGAAAGUACUUGUGGAGUUUCAGGCACAGAAAGUUGCUCUCUUGCCAGGAAUCGUGCAGUCACACCUGAGGUAAAUUUGUCUCUUGGUAGUGAAUCUGGCUGUAACACUGAUGCUUUCAGAUGUAAUAUUUAUUCAAGAGGAAGCUGGGAUAUGGUUGAUUUGAAUGAAACUAUUGAGGUUGAGGAAGCACCCGUUUUAGCUUCUGUACAUAAUUUAGGUAAUGUAACUUGCCUUGAUGAGGAUAUACAGAAGCAGGCUGCAUAUGUAAACUUGAAAUCAGGGGUCCAUGCUUCAUUGAAGGAAUCCUCUCAAAUCUCCCUUUCAGGAAGGGAUGGAGGAAUUUGCCUCGAUAAUAUGUAUCCAGGGAAGGAAGGGAAUCAAAGAAUGAGUAUAACUUACAAGAGGGAAGCCGGGGGACGUACAUGCAACCUGGAUUCUUUCCAUCAAGGUCUCUGUCCUGAAUAUUCACCUGCUAUAUCUAACCCACUCAAAGCUGAACCCGGCAAAGUUGGCAUACUCUCGUCAUCUGGCCCGUCUGAUAUUAACAGAGAGCCCAGUAGAAAAAGGAAAAUUUUUGGCGUGGAAAUAUCUGAAGGAAUUCUUGAUCAAUCUGUUGAGGCUUCCCAUACACCCAGUCUGCACCGACCAAAGCCUGAAUAUAUAGCCAAAUCCGAGUCUUCCUCCCUAUCAACAUGGAGUAAUGCUACAAGUAUAUUUGGCCAGGAUGUGUUAUCAAUUAAAGAAAUUCCUUGCAUUAGCUCCUCUUUUACACCCAAUGGGAGUACUAGUUUACCAUUGCAAAGCCUGGAUGUUAUUAGAGGCAAGAGGCAGUUUAGCGACAGCAAUUCAAUAUCGGUUUCAAGAGUUGAAGUAUCCUGCCAAAAAGACCUUUGUUUUGGCUCCCAGUCGGAUGCCAAGCAACUGAAUGUUUGCAGCUCAUCACUUGGAUAUGAAUUUCCAAAUGGAAACAAAAGAAAUAGUUCAAUUCCUGAACAAUUCAUGUUGAAUGGUUCAGUAAAAUAUCGAAAGGAUUUAAGCUGCAUGGAUGCGAAGUGUGCAAAGGAUGUGAACUCAGAUAUGGGGAUUCUUCAGCAACAUCCUGGGUCUUUAGAUGGGCAAAGGAGACAUGAGAACCCUAUGGGGGAGCUGCCUUGGCUUAAAGGAAAAGAACUUGCCAAAGUUCAGCCAAUUAAAAGACAAGAAGGUCCUUGUCAAAGGAAUCUAUAUUCCUUGCACAACUAUUCUGAACAGUUUUCUGACAAAACUGAAUUUGGUAACAUUCCUUAUCGAAGUUCAGAUGAGGAUCCCACGUCUUCAUCAAUGAGAGCCGGUGAUACUAAGCUUGACAGAACUGAUGCAAGUGCAUUUCCAAGUGGUAACAAGAUUUUUGGGUUUACCAUUUCUGUGCUUCAGACCUCCCGGGAUCUUACUUCUCUGAGUUCUCACUCUAACCCUAAUGAUGUUGCUGCUAAUGGUAACGGUAGUAAUGACAGGAAAAAUUUGGAUCAAGAUCCCAGUUCUGGAGUUCUUGAAAUUAAGGACCUUCGUACAGAGAAAGGACUGGAUAAUUGCAUUUCUGGCCUGAGACGUUGCAUUGAUUUGAAUUUGUGCAUGAAUGAAGAUGAAGCCCCACCAGUUCCGUCUCUCCCAAGAGCCAUUGUCAAGAUAGCCACCACUGAGAUAGAUUUGGAGGCUCCAGUAGUACUUGAAUCUGAAACAGGCCCGCCUCCUGAAGCGGAUUCUUCUGAAAGCCCUUCUAAAUUGCCUUUAGAUGUAUCUUGGGAGCAUGGCGAAGACCUUGUUAGUGUAGCAGCAGAGGCUAUAGUAGACAUAUCCUUGUCUCAUCUCAUCAAGGAUAUAACUUGUCAUUCGUCAUGUGGACUGUCCAGUGAUUCACUCCAUUGGUUUGCAGAAGUAAUUUGUAAUGCUGAGGGUGAUCCAGAAGGUGGACCGAAGGCAGUUCCUACAGGUACUGACGCCAUCCAUGGAGAAGAGUUCAUUCCUGAUGGGAUGGAUUACUUCGAGUUCAUGACACUGAAAUUGGCAGAAAUCAAAGUAGAGGAAGAGGAAUACUGCAACAAGUAUCCGGCCCCAGAGAUUCUGAAAAAUGAAGAAACAGGGGCCACUGUAUCAUCUAAACGACCUCGAAGAGGCCAAGCGAGGAGGGGGAGGCAGCGGAAGGACUUUCAAAGGGAUAUACUUCCUGGAAUCAUCUCUCUCUCAAAGCAUGACGUGAUCGAGGAUCUUCAAAUAAUAGAGGAGUUGUUUAGAGCAAGCGGCUUCACCUGGCAGCCAAGACUUUCAGGGAGAAACACAGCUAAGAAGGGAAGGGGGAGGACACGUGCUGGAGCUUCCUCUCCCUCUGUGACACAGAAAGCAGUUUGCCAGCCCCCUGCAGAGCAUCUGAAUCAGAGAGAAGUAGUACUCGAAGAGACUCUGCCCGGGUGGGGGAAGAGGACAAGGCGUUUGCCCAGGCAGAGAUGUCCAAACGAUAUUCCUGCUCCUGCUUUGAAGCCUACUGUCCUAGCUUCAUGAGCGGGGAAGGGCAGCCGCUCCCAUGGCUCGGUUGGCUAGUGUUCCUAGCAAUAGGAUUAUGCGUGUACAUUCCUUCCUAAUUUGGCCUACUUCGCCGUUCCUAAUUGUACUUGUAGAAUCGUGAUCAGUUCCCGGAUAAUGUUGCAUUCUUUGUUGAGACAAACGUUGUUUUCUCUUCU